AGGGACUGCAGUGUGCGUUGUAUCGUCACGUUGGUCGUGCUGUCCUGAAUGAUUUCGCAGAAAAAAUAUAAACAAUAACAAAAACAAACACUGCGCACCCCGGCACCCGAUUGCCCGACACCACCGAGACGCUGUGACUGCAAUUUAAUAUUAAACUUUACUGACGAACCGGACAUUAGUACUUUACCAGUGUCCAUUAACCGGUAUUCACUAUUACCUGUUGUACCUAUAUUUUUCGUUGCUAUUCAUAGUAAUACGUUUUAUCCAAGUAAUAAUAAAUAAUAAAUUCACCGAUUUUUCGUCCGCUCAUAGACCGUCGUUCAUUUGAUCCGUCGACAUCGCGAAUUCCGCCAAAAGUUCAUUACACAACCGGUAGUCAUGUCUGUGGAUCUAACAGCGGUUGACGGUAACAAUACACAUACUCUUGAUACAAAUUUGAUUGCAUUAGCAAUGCAUAAACUAUCAAUCGACAACACAAAUGUUACAGAUGUACUGACUGACUGCAACAUUUAUCUCACUAAAUUGAACCGUUGUGAUUUAUUAAAAUCGGCUAACCUCAUGGAUUUAAAUCUUAUUUUUGAUUGCUUGAAUACUACAGAACAAACUCAAAUUGAAAUGAGCUGUGCAUUGCUCCAAAAACUUUUAUCUAUUUUACCGCCAAAUCACGCAUUUAAUAAGUAUUCAGCCAGUAUUGAACGUGCUAUACAUCAUCCAAAUGAUACAGUUAAAUCUACAAUUUUAUCAGAGUUGGAAAAAAUGUUAGCCAAUGAUAAUAAUGUGGACAUCCAAGUAGAUUUGGCAUGUACUAUAGUUGACUGUUUAACAAGCAGUGAUAUGACUGUUUCAUACAAUGCAGUUAAAUGUCUUAAACGAUUUCAAAGUGUGGAAACCCUUUCAUCAAUUCCUAUAUUAUCAAAGUUACAGACCAUAAUGGCAAUGGAUGCAAAAAUACGUACACGCGUCUAUGAUAUUUUAAUUCAUUGGGCUAAGUCUGUGGAUGCUUUAGCAUUAAUAAGUUCCAAAGGUCUCUUUACCAAUUUGGUUAAAGACAUCACAUAUCCAGAUGUAAUGAUGCAGAUGGUUACUAUACAAAUGUUAAUUCCUUUGAGUAUCACUGAAUAUGGGUUCGAUUAUUUGAAUUCUAUUGGAAUUAUAAGUGGGUUGUAUCGUUUACUGAGCUCUAAUCCUAAAGAAUUGGAUGACCCUUCAGUUGUUAUACUUAACCCUAUUGUGUUGGAGUUUUUCAUAAAAGUUACUCAAGUCAGACCACUUUUUGUAUUUACAACAUAUCCUAAAGUGUUUGUUGUAAUUUACGAAGUGUUAAAAGAAGGAGACGAUUCACUAGUAGGUGUGGCUAUAAAUGCAAUCACUACUUUGGCAUCUUCUUGGGAGUGCAAAAUUUUGUUGGAUAAUCCUUCAGCUAGUACGAUCUUACACUAUGAUGGUGAUGACGAAUUAGACAUUUGGAGUAUAUUUAUCAUAGAAUUAAGUCGUAUUGCUUCGAGUACCAAAACUGAAUUAAAAGCAGGAGCUAUUCAAGCAAUCACAAAGAUUAUUCAAGUAGAGAAUGGUGAACUAUCUUUGAGAAAUGAUAUGAUCGAACGUACAAAAAAAUGGUACAAACAAUUGAAAGAUAACCCAUUAAAAAAUAUUGUCCAUGCAUCAUGUAUCGUACCAUUUUUAAACAUACAGCAAGCUGGAUAUGAAAUGCUCCAGACACUAGCUGAACAACCAUGGGGUCAAGAGGAAAUUAAUAAAUGUUCAACAUUACUGGAUCUUGUGUUUAAGGACUGUCCAAAAGAUCCUAUUCCAAUUAAAGAUUUGAAAAAAAUGAUUAUUAAAACUCUACUAGAGUCUAAUACUUCCAAAAAUACUUUAAGCGAAGAACUUUUAUUCAGAAUUCAACAUAGUGAGGUUAUAAAAUCAAAUGAAAAUGCACCUCAACCUGAUGUGUUGGUGGAAAAUAUGGCCAUUUAAAUGGGUUAUGGACAUUAUAUUUUUACAUAAAAUAUUGAUCGAUUAGUCUUCCCAACUAUCAAAUUAGCCAAUUAUUCAAAUGCUAUCAUUAAACUUAAUUUUAUUUGAUAAAUAUUAGUUUCUAAAUCAUAAAAUCAUUUUAAUCUGAUAUGUAUUGGUAAAACCGGAGAAGUUGUGCUGCUGUAUCUUGUGAUUCAGUCUGCUACUGUUGUGUUAAUUUUGAAUUAAUUGAUAAAUUAUUGUAUACGAUUCUGAUCUUAUAAUAUUUUAAAGGGUAUUUUAAUAAUUAGUUUUAUAUUUAUAUUACUAUUAGUAAUAGUGUAAUACGGUAGAUUUAACUACCUUUUAUAUCAAUGAAUGUGAUAUUUGAUAUGAUCAAUUUAUGUGGAACUCUGUAUUCCGUUUUCAUAGUUUUUGAUUUGAUAUAACUGUACAAGAUAUGUUAAACAUUUAUCUCGUCUUAUAUAUCAGCUCAAAAUCUAUGUGUAAAUGAUUAUUGACUAUUGUCACGGCCUGGUCACAAGUGCGAGACAAUUCAAUGCGGGUACCACUCUUGUACGCGCAUGCACAUAACUCGUUAACAAUAUAAAAUUCACUAUAAGAAUUUUACAACUUGUUGUUUUGACAAAAUUUAAGUUAGUCAAUGUAAUCUGAUUUUGAUUCUGUAAACAUAAGUACCUAUAUAACAUAGUUAAAAUGAUUAUUCAGAACGAACAAUCUAGAAAGUUAUGACAUGAGUUUGUAAGUCGGAAAAAAUGCAUGCGUAUAUAUAUGAGUGAUAUUACGUCCACAAUCCCAUGCCAAGCACUAAGAAAUUCAAUUAUAAAUUAAAAUCAGCAGUCUUUCCAUAGUUUACUUGAUAAAACAAUAGCUCAUUGUGGUUAGAUUAUGUUAGGAUAAAUAAAUAAAUCAAAACGUUAAUUACAUUUUACGUAUAUUUUUUUUCAAAUGUUACAAACAGAUAGGUACACAAUA